GUAGGGCGGCUGCCCGAAAGGCGACCGGGAUAAGCCGGCAGCUCUUCCUUUUUGGCCGUCCUCUCCCGGACCCCAGUCUCCUCCCCACCCAUGCGCCUUUCAAAAUGGCUGGAAUCCCUUUGUAUUUUGUGGAUUUGCAGGAUGACUUAGAUGAUUUUGGGUUUGAAGACUAUGGACCAGAUUGUGAGAGCAUGAGGAUAACUGCUUUCCUGGACAUUCCAGGGCAGGAUAACUUAACUCCACUUGGACGUUUAGAAAAAUAUGCUUUUAGUGAUAAUAUAUUUAACAGGCAAAUAAUUGCCAGGGGUCUACUUGAUGUCUUUCGAGAUUUCAAUCAUAAUGAGGAAGAUUUCUUGACAGUUAUGUCAAUAGUGGUCCGGCUGUCUGAAGAUACAGAACCUACUGUACGGACAGAAUUAAUGGAACAGAUACCACCCAUUGCCAUUUUUCUACAGGAGAGUAGGCCAAACUUCCCUGCAGCAUUUUCUGAAUACCUUAUGCCUAUAGUGGUGAGAUACCUCACAGAUCCAAAUAAUCAGGUUAGAAAAGCAAGCCAGGAUUCAUUGCUAAUAUUACUGGAUCAACAACUUAUUGCUCAACAUGAUAUUGAAAAUAAGGUGUGUCCAAUUCUGCUGGAACUUUCUGCUCCUGAAAGUGAUGAUGAAUACAAGGUGGAGGCAGUCAAUAUAAUCUGCAAAAUGGCAUCUAUGGUGAACAAAUCUACUCUUGAGCGCUUGCUGCUUCUUCGAUUCUGUGAGCUUUGCAGUGAUGGAAAACUCUUUCAAGUCCGGAAGGUCUGUGCAGCCAGCUUUGGUGAUAUAUGCAGCGCAGUUGGGCAGGAAGCCACAGAAAAUAAUUUGAUUCCAAAGUUUUUUGAGCUCUGCUCUGAUAACAUUUGGGGUAUGCGGAAAGCUUGUGCUGAAUGCUUUAUGGCUGUCUCCUGUACCGUUUCUCCUGAGGUUCGGAGGACCAAACUGUCUCCCCUCUUCAUUGGUCUCAUUAGUGAUCCUUGCAGAUGGGUUCGUCAAGCUGCUUUCCAAUCACUUGGUCCUUUCAUUUCUACUUUUGCAAACCCUUCCAGUGCUGGUCUUUACAUUCGAGAGGAUGGGACGCUCAGCAUCCGCCCUUGUAGUCCAUGCCCAGACCACAGUGCAAAUUUAAAGUUAUCAAGAUCAGAGAAUUCAAUGGAAAAUAAAUUGGAAUCUUUGGCAGUGGAAUCUUCUUUCACCCCUGUGGUUUGUUCUGAAAUGUCACACUUGGAUGCACAGAAUCAAUGUUCUGCCAUACACAUCAAUUUUGGAAUAGAUCAGACUAUUUUACCUCAGGGAGAUGAGACUUUUUUAACCAAUGAUAUUAAAAACUGUCAAACCGGCGAAUAUCAUCAGGAAAUUAGCUCAAGAAUCCAGUCCGGACAGGAUGUGUUUAAUACUUUCUUAUACUGGCGACCUCCUCUUCCUGAUAUAAGCCAAGAUAUAGAGCUUCUUCAGGGCAAGACAGAGAUACAUGACAGCACCUCGGUAUCACAGGCACUUUAUAAUAACUGCGUUGCCAGCAGUGAAAUUAAAAAAGUUCUGCAAAGUUUGCAGGAGCACAUGGACGACCCCGAUGUUCAAGCUCAGGUUCAAGUACUGUCUGCUGCACUCAGAGCUGCCCAUCUUGAUUCUGUUAGUGGCUGCGACAGCAAGCAGAAUGUGGAAGCUAAUGAUACCUAUCAAGAAGACAUCCCAAAUUUGGUCUGUACUUCCAGAACAGCAGAUGUGAAUAUCUUAUCUUCAUUGCCAAGUCUGGCUGAUGUGAUUGAACUACCUGAUCCAACUAUAAUAAAAAAUGCGAAGUCAGAAGAACAACAUAACGAUGUCAACAAAGCCUUAGAGGCACAAGGGAAUGAUCCACGUCUUGAAGAAGAUAAAUCAAAAUUGCAGGACAUUAUACCUCAGCCUUUGUUGGAACAGUAUUUAUCUAUGACAGACCCUGCUCGAGCACAGACAGUUGAUACUGAAAUUGCGAAACACUGUGCAUACAGUCUUCCUGGUGUGGCCUUAACACUUGGCAGGCAAAAUUGGCAUUGUUUGAAGGACACCUAUGAAACUUUAGCAUCCGAUGUACAGUGGAAAGUCCGUCGCACGCUUGCUUUUUCCAUUCACGAGUUGGCUGUAAUUCUGGGAGAUCAGCUAACAGCAGCCGAUUUAGUGCCUAUUUUCAAUGGUUUCUUAAAAGAUCUGGAUGAAGUACGCAUUGGAAUCCUCAAACAUCUUUAUGAUUUCUUAAAGUUGCUUCAUGCUGAAAAAAGACGUGAAUACCUUUUUCAGCUUCAAGAAUUUGUGGUAACCGACAAUAGCAGGAAUUGGCGAUUUCGUUAUGAACUUGCAGAGCAGCUCAUUUUAAUACUUGAACUUUAUAAUCCCAAUGAUGUGUACGACCAUUUGAGACUUAUUGCACUAACACUCUGUUCAGAUAAAGUUUCUGAAGUCCGGUGGAUCUCCUUCAAAUUGGCUGUAGCAAUACUUCAGAAGUUCUAUGCAUACAAUGCAACCUCUCUGGGAUUAAAUUUCAUCAAUGAGUUGAUUAUGAGAUUCCGCCAUUGUUCCAAGUGGAUUGGUCGGCAAGCGUUUGCUUUCAUCUGCCAGGCAGUAGUUGAAGAAGAAUGCAUGCCUGUGGACCAGUUUGUUGAACAUCUGUUGCCCAGCCUUCUAAGCCUGGCUUCCGAUCCUGUGCCAAACGUCCGGGUUUUGCUUGCCAAAGCAUUGAGGCAGACAUUAUUGGAGAAAGCGUAUUUUAGAAGUGUCGGGAAUCCUCAUCUGGACGCUGUGGAAGAGACUGUUUUGGUUCUCCAAGCAGAUAGGGAUCAAGAUGUUUCGUUUUUUGCCACCAUCAAACCAAAACUCAGUAACAUGCAUAUCACGUUACUUGAAAAAGAAAAUUAACAUUUUUUGUGCAUGUAGUCUAUGAAAUUACUAUUCAGCUAGCAAGUUCCUGCUAUGACUACUAACCAACGUGGUGGAAGAGAACUCUUAUCAAGGAAAUAAUGCAAUUCGCAAGAAAAGGCCAUGUUCUUAAUUCUGUUUAUUAAAGUGAGAAACAUGUUUGUCCUUUUAUGUACAUGCCACCUUGAUAUGGAAUAUUUGUUUUUUAAAUUUUGUAUAUAAUUAUGUUCUUUCAUGAAUACAAGGAGCAAUGCUUAUCUCUUAUCAAAAAUCCAGCUAUAUGUUCAUAUGAUUAUGUGAGCUUGUUCAUAUUCACAGCUUGAACAUCAUUCCGCAAACUAAGAAUAUGCCUUUCACACUGACUCAAGUUACAGUGACAAACCAAGACAAUGCUUGGUUUGACUGAAAUUAAGAGCAUGGUUGGUGAACCUAAAAUACGUGGGCCUCCUGCUUAUUUUUUUCUUAAUUGAACCACAGGCAUUCCCAUUUUAUUGUAUUACAUUAUUUAAAGCAUAAAAAUGUGCUCUUUGGUAAAAAUAAGUUAAGAAAACAAAUCUGCAACUUGAAAAAAUAUAUGGUAAAAGUACAGAUUAAUGUUCUCUUUAAGGUAAUAGCAGACAGUUUCAUGAGUGUUAGCAGAGCCUGGGAAGUUAAAUGAACUAUUCUUUGUCCUUCCUAUUCACCUCAUUCUUUCUCUUGGCUGGUGCUGGCAUGUCUUCUGUGGAAAACUGCGGUUCUCAGCUACAUCUGAAGAAAUCCUUACAUAUUUUCUAGGGUAUAUUUCAUAGGAGGUGGAUUGAUGCUCAGGCCUAUAAACUGUUAGAUUUUGCCACGGAAUAGGGCUGACAUGUUUUGGGGAGUUUCUCAACAUUUGCUCAAUAGAAGGAAAUUUAAGAAUUUUCCCUUAGGAGCAAGAAGCUAGGGAUAUGAAUUAGCAUAAGUUUGAAGUUCCAAGAAUUGAG